AAACUUUAGCGGCCUCCUCCCCAACCAAUCAUGCAGGCGCCCAGCUAAUAGUGAUGGCCAUGCGACUCAUAUGGGUAGGACCUGCCUAGCUGCUGCUCAUUUUGGACCCAGAAGAAGAAGAAGAAAAAAACAGUAACACUUCUUGCAAGCCAUGAGUGACAGCUCUGCCACGUGUACGCGAUCUGAUCUCAGGAGCAGGUCAUCAAAGUGCGUAUAGCAUGUUCUUCAUGUAAAGUUAUUUUUUUUUUAAUAAUGAAGGUCUUCUUUCAUGUAAUUUUACGAGGAGAAAAUGGUGUCCAUGAUAGAUUUCACUGUAGCUUGGAUAAGGGCUUCUCCACUGUUGAUUCCUCUGAAUCCAUCCAUGCUUUUAUUUGGUACUGUUCUGCAGCUUGAAGUUUGCAGACACCAGGUGAUCAGUGCAUGUUCAGCCACUUCAGGGGCAAAAAAAAAAAACUCCCAUUUCUGUUGCUGAACAUUUCCUCCCCUUUUUUUGUGUGUGUGAGCAUGGUCUUUAUCCAAGGAGAUGUUUGAGUGGCCGGUUGUCUUCUAACAAUUCGAGUUCCUGCCCUAUUGCGGUGUCCGUCGGUAUCUACACCAAAUUCACAUGGGUGCGUGUUCAUAUGCAUAUGCUCGAUCCAGUGGCCGGUGCACAAGAAUCCAUCCAAUCCAAAAACAAAUUCUGUACCACCAUCUCUACUCCGCAUUCUGCAGGGCGUUCCGAGGGGGGAGGGGUCUGCUCACCGCCAUCCUUAGGUGCUGGAGAAAGACGACGGCCGGAGGAGCCGACGUGGGUGGGCUAUGGCUACGGGUGAUGGCGGGGCUGGGCACCGGCGUAGGGAAGGAGAAGAGAAGGUGGAAGGUGGAAGAGAUAAGAUGGGAAGAGAUGGGUGAAUUUAAACCAUCCUUUUUAGAUCCAAUGCCUCAGAAAUUAUUUUGAGUAAGGAGAGACUUUAUUUAUUCAAGUGACCAACAGGCACUCCCCACUAUGUCACCACCUCUACUUCACAUUCUGUAGGUAUGGUAAUAAUGUGAAAUUUACAUGUAACACCCUGCUAUUAACAGCAGGUGAUGCUUUUUUUUUGAAAUAAAGGGCGAUGCAAAUUUCGGAACGUGUUAGACAGUUCCUUCACACGGUCGUUGCAAGCUAAGGUUGAAGCUGUCUGUCAAGCUUGAGCUCACGGCUCACGUACUGGGUUUGCGCGUCCUGCAGCUUCCCCUGCAGGCACCUGCAUCUGCAGAGGUCUCGUAUAUAGCAGGCAGCUCUCACUCUCAGCCGACGAUACUUCUAGUAGUCAGAGUCACUAGCUAGCGAGGGGUGGGUGGUUUGCUCCUGCUCGGCGCUCUCUUCGCUUGCCACCUGCCAUCUACACCGCCGGCCACGAUGAUGGGAGGAGGGGCGCUGGUGCUGGAUCAGCGCAUGCCGGCGGACGACAAGGCCCCCCUCUUUGGCUUCGGGCCAGGCGAGUGCUUCCUCGGCGAGGGCGACCUCGUCAACCCGGCGCCGGCGCACGACGACAUGAUGAGCGGCUUCCCCGACGGCGACGAGAGCGACGACGACGUGGGCGGCAUCGAGGAGCUGGAGCGCCGCAUGUGGCGCGACCGCCUGCGCCUCAGGCGCCUCAAGGAGCAGCAGGGCGGCAAGGAGGCGGCGCCGCGGCAGGAGCAGGCGCGCCGCAAGAAGAUGUCCUGCGCGCAGGACGGCAUCCUCAAGUACAUGCUCAAGAUGAUGGAGGUCUGCAACGCGCAGGGCUUCGUCUACGGCAUCAUCCCGGAGAACGGCAAGCCCGUCACCGGCGCCUCCGACAACCUCCGAGCCUGGUGGAAGGACAAGGUCCGCUUCGACCGCAACGGCCCCGCGGCCGCCGCCAGGUACCAGGCCGACAACGCCGCGCCGGGCGGGGGCGCCGCCGCGGCGGCCGCGCCGCCAGGGCCGCACUCCCUGCACGAGCUGCAGGACACCACGCUGGGCUCGCUGCUCUCGGCGCUCAUGCAGCACUGCGACCCGCCGCAGCGCCGCUUCCCGCUCGACAAGGGCGUGCCGCCGCCGUGGUGGCCCGAGGCCGGCGUGCCCGGGGACCUGGGCCCGCCGCCGUACAAGAAGCCGCACGACCUCAAGAAGGCCUGGAAGGUGGCCGUGCUCACUGCCGUGAUCAAGCACAUGUCCCCCGACGUCGACAAGGUCCGACGCCUCGUGCGCCAGUCCAAGUGCUUGCAGGACAAGAUGACCGCCAGGGAGAUCGUCACCUGGCUCGCCGUGCUCAAGCAGGAGGAGGACCUGUACCUCAUGCAGCACCCGGGCGCCCUCCCCCCGCCGUCCUCCAACGCCGCCGUGCUCCCGUUCAGCACCAGUUCCGGCGAGUACGACGUGGACGGCGCCGACGACGGCGAAGAGACCGGCCGGAACCCGAAGCCGGCCUCCAACGCCGCACCCGCGUUCGUGGACCUUUCGUCGUCCAUGGAUGCUACGGCGGUGCUGAUAAAGGAGGAGACCGCCAAGCUCGAGUUCUUCCAGAAGAGGAGCGCGGCGGCCGGCGUGGAGCCGGAGCCGGAGCUGAUGCUGAGCAACAGCUUCCGCGCGUACACCUGCAGCAACGCGCCGUGCCCGCACAGCAGCAGCGUGCACGGGUUCCUCGACCGCGGCGAGCGCAACGCGCACCAGUACACCUGCAAGUUCAACACCCCCGCUGAUAGCAACAAGCUGGCACCGUCCGUCUUCCCGCCGGCAGGUCAGGGGGUCGACUUCGACUUGCCCGUCGACGGCCAGAGGUCGCUGGCCGAGCUGAUAGACAUGUACGAGGCCAACAUGGGCGCGCCCCGGAGGCUGAGCGGCAUCGACGACACGGCCGCCCCCGGCGGCGUGCAGGUGUCCGGCACAUUUCUGACGCCGUGGCUAUUUGGCGGCGCCACUGCCACCAACGGUGUGAUGCAGCAGCAGCAGCAGCAGCAGCAGAGCGCGGGGUUCUACGUCCGUGACGAUGCGCUGCCGUUCGGAGGCGACAUCGCCGCCGCGUCGCGGGAGUUGAGGUUCAGUUCAGGUCUGAACGUGCCAGGAAGCACCGCGCAUUACGGCGGUGCAUCGCAGCUGCAGCAACCGCACAAACCCGCGGGAUCCAAUUGGUUCUACUGAGUACUGACUGCUGCAUUAGAAACAUGGACAUGAUGGUGCUUGCUAGUUUCUUAUUAUGUAUGUCAUUAGAAUCCAAGAUCGUUCUGGGUUUUCAGUCUGCCUGUCCUGUAUAAGGUUUGGGUACUGAACUAGUGAUGAUGGAGCUGCAGACGGCUGAUGCCAUCCAGCCGUAUGCCCUUUCUUAGUGGGAACCUCCAUCCAUCUUGUUCAGCAGUUUGACUUGAAUAUCAUCAGUACAUGAUGAGUAAUGACGAGCUCAGCUUCAGGAAGCCAAGGCACUACUACCCCUGCUUAACCAAGCUAAGUUGGGGAUUUCAGAGCCAAGCUCCGGUUUGCGCCUCUUGGAAGAAGACUGGUUUUCCUUUGGAGCCGCUCCAACUCGCUCACAUCUUCGUCAGUGAGCUACCGUGAUAUAAAAAUGAAAUUCAUGUGCAGCAGCUCAAUGAUUGAUGAAGUAAUAGUUGUUUUCAAUAA